CAGGCAGCCACAGUCAGUCCAGAAGAUGGCGUUGCUGGUGACGGUACUGGUGGCUGUGUUCUCGUACGCCACAGCACAGAGCUUCGCAGGAUGUCGGGUGUGCGAGGACUCAUGCGUCACACUGCCUCGCACGGACGGAACAUGCGCAGUGUGCGUGUGUGGACGGGUGGUCCUACCGGACUGUCCCACCAACGCCACCACUGUCAAGUGUCCCCCUGGCUGCACCCUGGGGCCGGGACCUGACGGCUGCGGUGGCUGUGACUGCCCGCCGCCUAAACCCCAGCUGUGUGCCGCCCUUGGCCCCUGCCCCUCCAACUGUCAGUCCCUCGUGGGUGACGACGGGUGCCCCGGGUGUGUGUGCACCUCCCAGCGGGCUGUCUGUCCCCCCGUCACCUGUCACGACGGGUGUACCGUGGAGGACGGCGAGGACGGGUGCCGCAAGUGCCGCUGUGACGGGCCUGGCACGUGCCCAGCCAUGCCCGAGUGCCUCCGGGGCUGUAUUGACAGAGACGACAACAGUGGCUGUUUCUUUUGUAACUGCACGCUCGCCCCCACCACUUCGACUGACACUUCGACCCGCAGACCAACGACAGCGAGACCAAAAACGAAGCCAUUUGGACAAGUGCCCCCUGAAGAAGCUUCUACUGGAUUGGACACGUUUGUGGGAUUCACAUCAGGAUCCCUGAACGGCCCCUGGCCCAGGUGUCGCAGCGGGCCGCGUCUGCGAUGUCCCUUAGGGUGUCGGAUCGCCAUUGGGCCCGACGGGUGUCGCGAAUGCUAUUGUGGAGACGCCGCUUACCUGUGUCCCGGCGUGCCCAGGUGCGUCAACCGCUGCCUCUUCCUCAGCCCCGAAGACAGAUGCUGCCGAUGCGAAUGUUCUCGCCAAUCCACAACUUCCAGUUUUGGCUUCAACUUUGUAAAUGGUCCGUCGUUCACAUCAUUUACACCUUUCCGACCUUUCGGACCCGUUACACGUGGUAAUCCCACCAUCAGACACACGGGUCUUCUGGGCCUGCCAGGUUUGCCUACGUUCCUGAAUCACAAUAAUCCUGCGUUUUUUGAGGUCAAGCCGCAUGCAACCAAACCAGCACCGAAUGUCCCCUAUUCUGCAGCUGCAGGACCUAAUGUAGGGUCAAAUUAUCCCUCUGCAACGCCAGCAGACCGCAGGGAUUCUCCUGCUGCUGCAACACACAGAAAUGCAGGACCAAGGGAUCCUUUUCCAGGACCAAAGGAUCCUCUUGCAGUAGUUACAGAUCGUAAUGCAGGGCCCACCGAUCCUGCAGUCUCACCAACAGAUCCUGCAACAAAUCCUGUAGCCGCUCCAACAGAUCCUGCAGCCGCACCAACAGAUCCUGCUACACGAACAGAUCCUGAAGCCGUACCAACAGAUCCUGCAACAAAUUCUGUAGCCACACCAACAGAUCCUGCAACAGAUCCUGCAGCCACACCAACAGAUCCUGCUACACGAACAGAUCCUGCUACACGAACAGAUCCUGCAGCCACUCCAACAGAUCCUGCUACACGAACAGAUCCUGAAGCCACACCAACAGAUUCUGCAACAAAUCCUGCAGCCACACCAACAGAUCCUGCAAAAAAUCCUGCAGCCACAUCAACAGAUCCUGCAACAAAUCCUGCAGCCACACCAAUAGAUCCUGCAACAGAUCCUGUAGCCACACCAACAGAUCCUGCAACAAAUCCUGCAGCCACACCAACAGAUCCUGCAACAGAUCCUGUAGCCGCUCCAACAGAUCGUGCAGCCGCACCAACAGAUCCUGCAACAGAUCCUGCAGCCACACCAACAGAUCCUGCAACAGAUCCUGCAGCCACACCAACAGAUCCUGCUACACGAACAGAUCCUGAAGCCACACCAACAGAUCCUGCAACAAAUUCUGCAGCCACACCAACAGAUCUUGCAACAAAUCCUGAAGCCACACCAACAGAUCCUGCAAAAAAUCCUGCAGCCGCUCCAACAGAUCCUGCAACAGAUCCUGACGCCACACCAACAGAUCCUGCUACACGAACAGAUCCUGAAGCCACACCAACAGAUCCUGCAACAAAUCCUGCAGCCACACCAACAGAUCCUGCAACAGAUCCUGUAGCCGCUCCAACAGAUCCUCCUACACGAACAGAUCCUGAAGCCUCACCAACAGAUUCUGCUACAGAUCCUAAAGCCGCUCCAACUGAUCCUGCUACACGAACAGAUCCUGAACCCGCACCAACAAAUCCUGCUACAGAUCCUGCAGCCACUCCAACAGAUCCUCCUACACGAACAGAUCCUGAAGCCUCACCAACAGAUUCUGCUACAGAUCCUAAAGCCGCUCCAACAGAUCCUGCUACACGAACAGAUCCUGAACCCGCACCAACAGAUCCUGCUACAGAUCCUGUUACACCGACAGAUCCUACAGCCGGACCAACAGAUCCUGCAACCGCUCCAACAGAUGCUCCACCCCUAACACUUGAACAACAAAUUCAACAAAUUCUGCCACUGUUGCAGCAGAUACGGAACAUCCUGCCUGCUGUUGGGCAGGCUUAACUCGCCCCGUCACAGCCCCGGACGCACCGAGACCCUCCCUGCUGGACUCUCAGGUCCUGGAACCCGCGUCUUGAACAACAGGAGGAGACAGAUUCUGUCUUGAACAACAGGAGGAGACAGAUUCUGUCUUGAACAACAGGAGGAGACAGAUUCUGUCUUGAACAACAGGAGGAGACAGAUUCUGUCUUGAACAACAGACAGGAAGGGGGGCAGAUAUCCUCAUGUAUCCAACAAAGGAUACAAGAAGAGACGGAGAUCCUGUCGCCUUCAGCAACAGCGAAAGAAAGAGACAGAGGUUCUAAAGCCAUCAACAUUUUCUGCCCGGAAGCCUCUGACCUUCUACCAUCUUCGUCAAUGUUUACUAUCAACAACAGCUGACUUAAAACAAACAGCUGCUUCUUUCACAAUAUUUUUACUUUAAUUGUACUAUUGCCAAUUUGAUAGCCACUUCCAAUGAUGAUUUUGUUGGUACAAAGUUUUCAGCUGCUACGCAAAAUCUUCAAAUUUUUUUGUGUUAUUUGUUUUGUUUUUUAACGAUGUGAGUUGGAGAGUAAAGCGUUAAGCCGA